GUCAUAGGCAAGAGGAGGGUCUGAAUGCGCGUUCCUCCGCGCGUUCCUCUUGCUCCCCGCUUCCCAGUCCAAGCCUGGUCUUUUCGCUGACUCAGUGCCUUAAGCAGCAUCAAGGUUCAUCGGAACAGAGCUUCAGCAUCCUCUGCGGAGAAAUACAUCGGCCAUGGCUAAAACUGUAACCGCAUACAAAGAGAAGAUGAAGGAGUUGUCCGUCCUCUCCCUUAUCUGUUCCUGCUUCUACCCCGAGACUCGCAACAAACUCGUUUGUGAGUUUGAAGACAUGGAAGUUAAAGCUAUAGACAAACGGGCCUCAGGGCAAGCCUUUGAGGUAAUUCUCAAGCCCCAGUCUCCGGUGUCAGACAUUGCCCACAACCUUCCCUCUCCCCCAAAGAGGGAUCUCUCCCUGGAGGAGAUUGAGAAGAAACUGGAGGCAGCUGAAGAGCGAAGGAAGUACCAAGAGUCUCAGGUGCUGAAGGCGUUGGCGGAAAAGCGGGAGCAUGAAAGGGACGUGUUGCUAAAGGCCAUGGAGGAGAACAGCAACUUUAGCAAGAUGGCCGAGGAAAAGCUCCAGAUGAAGAUGGAACAGAUUAAGGAGAAUCGCGAGGCCCAGCUGGCAGCCAUGAUGGAGCGCCUACAGGAGAAGGAGAAGCAUGCCGCAGCUGUGCGCAGGAACAAAGAACUGCUGAGGGAAGAGCAGCUAGCAUGAGCUUCACACAAUUCCUGUGGUCCGUCUGUCGAACCAUCCAUCCAUCCAUCCCUGCCCCGCCUUCAACCUCUCCAAAACAGACACUCUGCCCUGAAGGCUGAGAGGCUCAAGAAACUCACCACCACAGCACUGCACACCUUGUCACAACUAUCCACAACCAUCAGUAUUAUCAAUAAUACAGACAUCUAUGACACUCCUUUUACAACUAAAUAGAUUUGUUGAUUUAGCAAAAGUGCAACCAUAUUACUUUUAUUUUGUAAAUACUAUCUAUCUAUCUAUCUAUCUAUCUAUCUAUCUAUCUAGCUAGCUAGCUAGCUAUCUAGAUACCACAUAGAAACUAGAUAGACAGAUAGCGGGUUAGCUAUCUGUUUAGCUAGCUAGCCAGAUAGCUUCCUGUCUCUCUCUCUGUAUCUCCCUCUCUCUGUGUCUAGCUGUCUUGCUAACUAGCUAGAUAAAAAGACUGAAAGCUAGUUAGCUAAAUUUCUUGAUAGCCAACAUUUUAUUUGUUUAUCUAGCUAGCUAGCUUGCUAUCUUUUUGUUAGUGACUGUUUAUGUUCUUCAAGUUUUACACCACAACUCUUAUCAUUUGAAAGGCCUGAGUGUUGGGAGUUGGCAGAAGAUGGAGGAUUUUCAGUGUUUUCUGAUGAUGUCAUGACGAUGACGACGACGAUGUUGAUAAAAUAUUUGUAUGUUUCGUGAAGAGUAACAGACGAUAUGUACGCUGCAAAUCUGGUUUGUGUAUAUCGCAUCUGUUAUCUCCCCCAUGCCGCCUACUCAUGCUCAGCACCCAUAGAUUCAGACCACUUCCUCUGAGAUGAAUUGUAUUGUUGUUAGGAAUGUAUUUGCCUAAAGGGAGUAACUAUACAUCUGCAUAUUCACACCUUUUUUCAACCAGUCAUUUGCCAAAUAAAUAGCUCUCCUAGGAUCUCUGGAGAUGAGUCUCAAAAAAAUGAAUGAAUGUUAUGAGACCAAACUGGUAUCAUACAGUGUCUUGGACAGUGGAAUGUGCUGUUGCUCUCAUCUUGAUAUUUGAUAGUGUGAACCUAAAAUAUGUCUGUGUGGGCGACUAGGCAUCAUUAGCAUCUUUUCUCCUUAGAGGUUUAGGUAGAUAAUGGAUGCAAGAAGCUUUACAUACAGCACACUGAAGUAGUCUCUUUUUAACCUUCAGAAUACCACUGAUAUCUGCCUGCGUAGUCUGCUGCUUGUGUUUUUUUCCUCUUCAUAUUUUUCUCUGUGAAAGCUUUGCUGAAUAAAGGUUUGGGAGUUCUGUGAACAUGGCAUGCACCAUCUAUUACGUUUCUGUAAUAAAACACAAGGGGAAUUGUAAACUGCCAAAUAAAAGAACCAGUUAUCUACACA